UAGUCCCAUAAUGGAACACCUUCCCCAACCCCCCCAAAGAUAGCUUCCUACAGCGUUUAGUGCUUUUGCCCGAUCUUGAAGCCAUGUGGCCGUUUACAGAGUCAUGCUCCCGCAAAUCUUUCUUCGCCAAUUCUUUCUUAGAAUAUGACUACAUCAUCAUUGGGGGAGGCACUGCGGGCUGCGCUGUGGCAUCGCGUCUCAGCGAAGAUGAAACGUGUACCGUUCUCCUCAUCGAAAAGGGGCCUGCGCAGGACAGCUGGGCCUCUAAGGUACCGCUGAUAUCAUCUGCAAUUGACGAAGACCCUAGGGCUGGGAUAAUCCACCGAUACACAGAGCCAGCGGAUUCUUCCGACGGUAUAGCUCACCGUUUGGUGAAUUCAGAAUCACUAGGGGGGAAUUCGAAGAUCAAUGGUAUGCUCUACACGCGAGGUGUACCUGAGAUCUACGAGAACUGGGCCCGGAUCGGCCACGCCAACUGGUCCUGGUCCCACGUAGAGCCGUAUUUCAGGAGAAUCGAAGAGGUGCAGGGCCUUCCUAAAGCGACACACGCCGGUCGUUCAGGUCCGAUUCACAUCGUGCGACACCCUCCAAUGUUCGAGGCGUAUGACCACGCACAGAAGGCAGCGGCUAAGUUAGGUCUGCCUUUGGGAGAAGAUGCAAAUGAUCCUUUGUCGGUAGCACACGGCUAUUUUCCACUUGACUAUACCAUCGACGCUCAAGGGUAUAGACACUCGGCACAUCGAGCCUACUUACCUGGUCGGCUUGUUUCUCGGCGUUCUGAUAGGCUCACCAUCCGCACCGGCGUUAUUGCCACGCGUCUGGCGCUCGACGUGAAAGAACACAGAGCUAAUGGUGUCUACAUACAAUCUCACAAAUGCCAACAAGCUGCUGAAGACGAGAGUGAACUACUCAUAAAGGCGAGAAGGGAGGUGAUCCUCUGCGGGGGCGCUAUCGGAUCGCCUCAAUUGCUUCAGCUAAGCGGCGUCGGACCUGAACUAUUACUCAAAAAGCAUGACAUCCAAGUCAAACGUCACCUCCGAGGUGUCGGCGCCGGCUUAUCGGAUCAUCACGCGAUACCCAUUUGCAUAGAAAUCCCACCAAGAGGCACACUCUACUAUUUGGAAAAGAACCCCAUUUUUCUUCUCUGGCAUCUACUAUUGUAUCUCACCAUGGGUUUAGGAUGGAUGAAGUCGCCACCAACAAAUGCUGCCAUCUUUCUCAACACUUCAAACCUUGAUCUUGACACUAUGGAAACACAUCCACAAUAUGAUACCGACCAUCCUUGCCCCAACCGGUCGGGUAAGGGGACCGAACCUGACGUGGAAAUCAUGUUAUACCCUGCUAGUGGUGUUCAAGAGCGCUGCGAGAACAAGUCUCUUUUCACUUUAUAUACGUGCUUACUACGCCCCGAGUCUUCGGGCAGUAUCCAGAUCAAGUCUCUCGACCCAAGAGCAGACCCUUCUCUCCGACUUGGUAUGCUCUCAAGUCCGAAGGACAUCGAGGUCGCUCGUAAAGCAUUGCGCUUCUCUCUCAAGCUCGCCGAGAGCUUCAUCCAGUCUUAUCCGCACCCGGCAAGGCUCUUCGUAGCUCCAAAUGCAGAGACUGGCCGCGAUUGGAAGGACCUCAGUGACGACGAACUUGAUAAGUUCGUUCAAGAUAACAUAAAGCUAGUAUACCACUUGUCGUCUUCGUGUCACAUGGCAAAUGAGGAGGACGGAGGCGUCGUGGAUGAUGAGCUGCGGGUGCACGGCUUCGAGAAUCUGCGUAUAGCUGACGCAAGCAUAUUUCCUACUAUUCCGGCAACUCAUACGAUGGCCCCCACUUAUAUGGUCGCUGAGAGAUGUGCCGAUUUUAUCAAAGCUACGUGGUACGAGGGAUCUUCUGUAUAAUUAAUAGUUACUAU